AUGGAGAUCCCGCCGACCCAUGCGCCUGCCUCGCGGGCCGCCUCCGUGGUCGAGAACUGCAUCAACUACCAGCAGGGCACCCCGCACCAGGUGUUCCUGGUGGGCGCCGUGGAGCGGGCCAGCCUGGAGGACAUUCCAGGAAAGGGACAUAAGUAUCAUCUAAAAUUUUCUCUGGAAGAAAUCAUCAAAAAGCAAGUUACCGUGAACUGCACCGCAGAGGUGCUUUAUCCGCCAGAAGGGCAGGACACAGCCCCCGAGGUCAACUUCACAUUCGAAGGAGAGGUCGGGAAGAACCCAGAUAAAGAGGACGACACAUUCUACCAAAGACUGAAGUCCACCAAGGAGCCACUGAAUGCACAGAAUAUUCCAGACAAUUUUGGGAAUAUCGCUCCAGAAAUGGAGCCAGUUCGACAUUUAGGCUGGGUCGCCUGUGGUUAUAUCAUAUGGCAGAACUCUACCGAGAACACGUGGUACAAGAUGGCCAGGAUCCAAACUGUCAGACAAGUGCCGAGAAACGACGACUUCAUCGAGCUGGAUUAUACCCUUCUCCUCCACGACAUCGUGUCUCAGGAGAUCAUCCCAUGGCAGAUGCAAGUUCUCUGGCACCCGCAGUAUGGCACGAAGGUCAAACAUCACAGCCGCCUGCCCAAGGCCGCAGAACCGCAGUGAGGAGGGACGG